AUGCUCAACUGCAGAUUCAUGGCGAACGAUGCGCCGAUUCCGUUGUCGCAAUGGCAUUGCGGCUCAUCGCAACUCACCACCUUACUCUCAUGGGGCGUUUUGGCGAAAGGCUGUCCGGUCAGAAAUGAAGAAGUCAAUCUGUGUUGCGCUUUUCAUGACGACUGCUACCUUUUGAAAUUGGGAAAACAGAAUUGCGAUACCACAUUUUGCAAUUGUGUUGCGGAUCUCGUAACCGCUGAGUCGUCGAGAGACCGAUGCCUCUCCGAUUUCAACAGUUUCUCCUGUUUGGUCGUCAAAAAUAUCGGACAGUCGGCGUAUGAUAGCGAAUUCGACGACUUUAACGGAAUCCUCAACUAUCCCAUUAUGUACGAUGCCGUUCUUGAGACGUUCGCCAAAGUCUAUGAAGUUUGCCAUUCGAUUCGAAGUAGAUUGACGAUAUUCGGACUAUCCGUCGCUAGUGCUGGAAGACGUGGAAGUCUUGCUUGCAUCUUAAAUCGGACUUUGGGAUUUCCUAGUUCCCAGACACUUCUUCAAAUCUGA